AUGCAGGAGGAACAGAAACACAUCGUAGAGGUGAACGCCAUCAAGGGCUACUACAAAAAGACAUUCACCAACGAGCUGCUGCUUUCACUGCAAAAGGAAAUAAACAUAGAAGACCUGCUGUACUCAUACAACUACUAUUCCAAUUUUCUGACGGAGGAUGACAAAUUUGACAAUGAAGAGGUAGGGAGUGAAUACCUUAAGAGUGAAGACGAACUGGAGGAGUUACCACCCAGCGGUGGGGACAAGAAAUAUAAAGUAAGGAAAGGAGAUUCGGAUGAGGAUAUGAUCAAUUACUUCGACCCAACUGUAAGUGAAGAAUUGUAUGAAGAAAAAAUCGAACAAACAUUCGAAUAUUUGGAUAAUUUUUUAAAAGCAUUUUAUGUUCCAAAUGAUAUGAACGAUUCAGGCGAAAUGGAAAUAAUAAAUGAUGUAGUAAAAAAUUUAGUAAUAGAAAAAAUAAAUGAUGAUGAAUAUAAAAUCUUGGACAUGCAAUGUGAAAAAUCUCAGAUAUAUGAAAUUACGUUAAUAAUCAUUGCGUACAUUAUUAGGAAUAUUUUCAGCUUAAAGUGUGCAAAUAUAAACAGCCAACAAAUUUGCAACAUUUUUCAAACGAAGAAGAAGAAAAAAAAUAUGACACAGGAGAAUGCUGAACAAGACGGGGGUACGUCUGACCAGGGGGAAAAGGAAGAAACGCACACAGGAGGUGAUGUACCGCCCGCUACGACCGACACAGAUGAUGCCGAUGUCAAUUUGGAAAACUUCACCUACGAUAGCGAGUACGAAGAAGAGGAAUGCACUUAUGAUGACAUAUCCUUUGUAAGUAAAAAUUUAGUAGAGGAAGAAAUGAAAAAGCAUAAUGUACAGUUAAGUCAAAUUUGCAAAAUGAUAAAAAUUAAUGUAUACAAAUAUUUAUAUAUGAUAUACAAGAAGGACGAUUUACUGCUGAAAAUAAAUGUGCUGGAAAUUUUCUCGAAAUUUGUGCAAAACGAAUACUACAGUAAUAGCACUGUGGAAAAUUGCUAUUUUUUGCACACCGUCUUGAAGGAUCUGCACAAAUCCGACGACGAAGUUCUUCCCCUGAGUAUUCUCAACUCGCUCAUUUGUUACUCCAAAAUAAAUUCAGCUCUUCUUCAUUUUAUAAUCAGCACACAUGACAAUAUUCUCAUGAAGACGAUCAUUUCCUAUCUAACGAACGAUUCCACACAUGGUAGUAGUUCCAACGUGGAAAAGUUAAUUGUUGGCAUAAAAUCCUUUGGCUACUUUUUUUCACUGAAGGAGUCUAGUCAAGCUCUUUUAAGUCUGAACUCGAAUGCACACCUUAUCGUAAUUAAUAACAUAAACACACAUUCGCACACCAAUGUUUUAAAGCACGCAAUAAACAUAUGGGUAAAAAUAUUACCAGCCGAAUGCAUGGGUGCUGAAUGGAACAAACAACUCGUUCACGAUGUGCUUUUCCAAAAGGUUAUCACAAUAUUAAAAGAAAUCGAUGACACAGAGGUUCAGAUAAAUGCGUAUCAAGUGCUGCGGUUUAUGGUCCCCUACAGUAUUGCAGAUUUUAUCAUACAAGAACAGUGGCUCAUUAGGACUCUCAAAAGCAGCUUUGGAAACAACAGCUACGAGCUGAAGAUGAAUAGAUACAAUUUUUUUAAAGAACUCUACGAACUUAACAAAAUUACCAUAACGAAUGAUGCCUUUGCGGAUAACCUCAUCAGCAAUUUCUUGGAGAAGGUGCCCAAGAGGUAUUAG